CAUUUCUUCUGUUAUUAUUCGUAUUAACUUUUGUGUGUUAACUUUUGUCCCUCUCGGGCUCGCGGGGGGUGCUGGAGCCUAUCUCAGCUGCAUUCGGGAGGAAGGUGGUGUACACCCUGGACAAGCCGCCACCUCAUCACAGGGCCAACACAGAUAGACAGACAACAUUCACACUCACAUUCACACACUAGGGCCAAUUUAGUGUUACCAAACAACUUAUCCCCAGGUGCAUGUCUUUGGAGGUGGGAGGAAGCCGGAGUACCCGAAGGGAACAUGCAAACUCCACACAGAAAGACCUCGAUCCCGGUGAUCAAACCCAGGACCUUCAUAUGUCUGCAUCUGCUGGAUCAGCUCUACACACACACGUUACACACCGGUAGGAAGAGGAAUCGAGGGAAGAGGAGGAGGAGGAGGAGGAGGGGGAUUCCUUCACCACUGCAGCCUCCUCUCACACCACCUGGCUCCUGUCGCCGCACGAUGACCACCGCUUGGAGAUUAGCGGCGAUCGGUUUAACACGGAGCCGAAGAUAAAAAAAAAAAACCAAGCAGGGUUUUGGUUUAAAAAGGAUUCCUGUGUCUUUGUGCGAAGAGUCUGCUAACUGUGUGUGAGGACCUCUAGGAAUACAAGGAUCGAGUCAAGGGCACGUUCAUUCCUCCUUGCACCCCCCCUUUUUACUCCACGCCGCCCGCAGGAAGAUGCGAGCGAAGAUAGAAACCUGAGCGGAGUCACAAGAGGAGCUUCAUGGAUUCCAAGGAAUCUUAAAACAAACACUCUUCUGCUGUGUUUGUUGCUGUGAGGAUACGAUAACCAUGUGGACAUUAGCGGAAGACGUGCGCUGCAGUCUGGCCGCCGCCCUCCUUUUGGCCCUCUGCCUCCAAUCAGUGUUGACCACGGACGACGACGUGACGCCGCGCAUCAGUUUCCCCUACAAUGCAAAAGAGAGAUCGGCCAAGAGGUUCUCUGCCGAGGGCGUCUUCAAUUACACAUCUUUGCUGCUCAGCCAGGAGGAUGACAUGCUCUAUGUGGGGGCCAGGGAGGCACUCUUUGCCCUCAGCCUCUCUUACAUCAGCAGGACCAAGCUGCAGAAGAACCUGACAUGGGCGACUCCUCUUGGAAAGAGAGAAGAGUGCAGCUUCAAGGGAAAGAACCUGGAGACCGAUUGCUUCAAUUACAUCAAAAUCCUGCUGCGGCUCAACAGCACUCACCUGUAUGUGUGCGGCACCUACGCCUUCAGUCCAGUCUGCAGCUACAUCAACACGUCAACAUUCACCAUGGCGAGGGAUGACACUGGCGAGGUGGUGAUGGAGGACGGGCGUAGCCGCUGCCCUUUUAAUCCCGAGUACAAAUCCACUGCAAUCAUCGUUGAUGGUGAAUUGUACACGGGCACGGUCAGCAACUUCCAAGGGAACGAGCCGGUUAUUUAUAAGAGUUUGGGGCAAGGCACAGCGUUAAAAACGGAAAACUCUUUAAAAUGGUUACAAGAUCCUCUCUUUGUCGGCUCGGCUUACAUCGAGGAGAGUCAGCCAAUAGGGAACCCCGUGGGCGACGACGACAAGAUUUACUUUUUCUUCAGCGAGGCGGGGAAGGAAUUUGACUUCUUUGACAACACUAUUGUGUCGAGGAUUGCCCGCGUGUGCAAGGGCGACAGAGGGGGCGAGCGGGUGCUGCAGAAGAAAUGGACCACUUUCCUGAAGGCCCAGCUCCUGUGCUCCCUCCCAGACGACGGCUUCCCCUUCAACAUCCUCCAGGACAUGUUUGUCCUGAAGCCCAUGGGAGACAGCUGGGAGAGCACCGUCUUUUACGGGGUCUUUACAUCACAGUGGUAUAAAGGAGCAUCAGGUAGCUCGGCAGUGUGUGCCUUCACCAUGGCACAGGUGGAGAGAGCCUUCAGUGGGCGUUACCGGCAGGUCAACAGGGAGACGCAGCAGUGGUACACUUACAACCACCCUGCACCAGAACCCAGACCCGGAGCGUGUGUGACCAACCAUGCCAGGCAAAUGGGAAUCCAGUCGUCUUUGCACAUGCCCGACAAGGUGCUCAACUUUGUCAAGGACCACUUCCUGAUGGACAGCGUGAUACGAAGUGCCCCCUUGCUGCUGAAACGCAGCGUGCGCUACACGCAGAUCGCCGUGCACAAGAUUCAGGGCAUGGAGCGAGCCUAUGACGUGCUUUUUAUUGGAACAGACGACGGCAAGCUCCACAAGGCCGUCAAUGCCAACGACAAGAUGCACAUCAUCGAGGAAAUGAUUCUGUUUCCUGACCCGCAGCCUGUCCAGCACAUCGAACUGGAUCCUCAGAGGGGUCUGUUGUUUGUGUCAUCCUACUCGGGCUUGGUGGAGGUGCCUGUGGCCAACUGCUCCAACUACCUGAGCUGUGGAGAGUGCGUCUUGUCCAGAGACCCCUACUGCGCUUGGAGCGGGCGCCUGUGUCGUGACGUCAGGAUGGCGCCGCCUGACAGCCACUGGCAGCAGGAUGUGGAGGAGGCUGACACUUCGGCCAUUUGUAACAGGACGCUGUCCAGCCCCAGAUCUGCUCGACCCACAGCUGCCCGUGGUUCCCGUUGCCAGCUCAUCACGGUGCCCGCCAACACUUUCCGGGUGCUGCCCUGCAAGCUGCGCUCCAACCUGGCCGAGAGGAAGUGGCGCUACAGCGCCAGCGCCAGCCAGUUCCUAUACGCCACGCCCAAGGGCAGCCUGGUGGUGGUGGCGCAGGUGGACAAGAUGGAGACCUACGAGUGCUGGUCCGAGGAGGAGAAUUUCCGCCAACUGCUGGCCAAUUACUGUGUCAGGGCGGAGCCUCGGCAGGAAAGCACUACCAUGAUGGGCCACUCCCGGACGCCGCACAUCAAACGCGUGGAGACCAUGAUCCUGCCCGGCGAAUCCCGCUCAGAGCAGAUCCACACCAAGACCUACUGGAACGAGCUCAUCGUGGUUUGUGCCCUGCUGGCUUUCUCCUUGGUGGUCUUCUCCUUGUUCGUCAUCUACAGGAACCGCGACCACAUGAAGUCCAUGCUGAAGCAAGGCGAGUGCGCCAACAUGCAGCAGAAGAAGCCCAGGAUGGCGGGGAAGCCCACCGAGAGCCUGCCGCUCAACGGCAACACCAUACCCGUCUCCACCUCCGACCACAAGGGCUACCAGACGCUCAACGACAACUACAUUUGCAGCACGCCCACACGGGAGUCUUCGCCGGAAAGCAAGAGCUUCUCCGACGCAUCCGACGGGCGACCUCUCAAUGUGAAGGAGAGCCACGUGGAAUACUCGCCCACGCUCCCGCGGCCUCGUGUGCGGUUAGGCUCGGAGAUUAAAGACUCCAUCGUGUGAGACCGGCGGGACAUUUCUUUAUUUUGCCCAUCUUCCUUUCUGUCCUCGCUCUGAAGCCAGAGGUCCGUUUGCGUGGGAAAGCAGCUCAUGGCCGCCACUACCAAUAGUUUGUUUUUCCGUCACAUCCUCAUGGCCGCUCAUUGCAUACAACUCGGGCUCGGACAUCGGACGCUCCAUCAGUAUUUAAAGCCCCAGUCCUCCAGUUCUACUGCCCAGGCCGCACGAAAGCCACCGUUUCAGGUUCAGGGAGGAUGAAAACAAAGUCAUGUGACGCAUUCUCACCACGAUGGAAGAUGAAGGACAUCUUCUUUACAGGGAGCGUGACUUUUCCCUUGAAUGUACGUCAAAAGUCUGUUUAGUGCACCACGGACCGCUGGAAGAGGCGGCCACACUGCGUCACGUGAUUGGCGGGUACACAGGGGGAGUCAUGUCCACAUCGUUAUCAUUUUCAGGGUCGCACAAUAUCACCGCGUGCGCUGUGCCAAAAAAACUACAAAAAAACCAACAACUUGAUUGUCUUAUCCAAACGCAAUAGUGCCAUUGUGUCGAGACCACCACUACCCGCCAUCUUUGUUUUAGCGUUGCAAAGAGCACUGAAGGGUUGAGGCACAAAUAAGAACAAACGUGACAUGCAAGGUAGGACUGUUAGUUCAGACUUCUGGAGUCUUAAAAAAAAAAAAAAAAAAAAAAAGUUGUGACACAAACCACCUAGGUACAGUAGGAAAGGGAUUCAUAUGGCCCCAUUCCUGGGUGGAUCUCACGUGAGAGGAAAAGGGGGGUCAAUCAUUUCGCAAUGCAGUCAUGAUAAUGGAAAGCGCCACUCUACAUUGUAAGUGAUGCUCUGGUCAAAGUUGGAAUUGCCGCAAAACACAUUCUAACAUACUCAACACUCUCCUGCCGUCUGGUAGCUAAAUUCGUCAUGUUUCAUGUGUCAGGUAAGCCGCGACGAGUGGUGUAAUACGAAUCCCCUUCCUACAGUACAAACCAGAAACACUACUAUACUCUUAUCGCUGUCUGUUCUUCUUCCUACACUAAUGUACUAAACCGCACAGACUACAAAUAACCGGCAGGCAACAGAAAACGUCAAAACCGAAAUGCAAUUUUAGCUAGCUAGCUAGCAGGCGCAGCAAUGUAGAUCAGCACAAUUGUGUCGUGUGUGCGUGGUGGCUUGUCGCUAGGCAGAAUUCACAGUCGGGCGUUCCUCAAAAAUGCAAUACGGUCACUGCCCAAUGGAUAGCAAUUGUUUGUUUUUUUCCUCUGAAAGAACAACAAAAGCAGGUUUUACUCGCCAUGCUGUGUCUUUACGGGCGGUGAGCAGAAACUCAGACUUGAGAGUUCCACAAAAAUAUAUUUUUGUUUGCCACUCAUCCAACGGUGACUGCUGCCCCACAAAAAAACAAGAAAGGACAGGGAGACUUUGCAAAAAUGUUAAUUAAUUUACAGUCGUCCCCCGGCGAUUAUUAACAAAUCCAAUGUUUUCAUAAUUUACUACCUUCUAAAUAUGUUUUUUUUUUUUUACAAUAUUGGAACCAUGUAAACAUGAAAUAACACCCAUAGAUUACUUUACUCACCGCGAGCCUGGAGGAUCCUUCAAGCAUCAUCGCUAUAGUUGUCACCCGGCCACCACAACAUGGCCACGACGUGGCAAUACUUGGUCACUUCUAUGUUAGAACUGGGCUUCCAUGAGCUAAAACCACAGAUGUAAGUUAAAAACUCGGUCAACUUGACACCCGCAGCUACGAUCAUGAGCUGUGGUGUUAGUAUUGCGCUUCCCUUGUUGUUAUUCCGCAUCACUCAAGCCAGAGCUAUGUCACUGACGUCCAUGAUGAAGUGCUGCCAAGGAGUUAAUCUCCACUCUGGCCGGACAUUUGUCUGAAGUGCUACCAGCUGUUGUCGUCAAAGUCUCACCACGGUGGAGAAGUGUUAUUGAUGAGGUAGGAGGCGAAGAUGAAAUGCAUGAAAAAAAAGUUGGUCAACUUGAGAUUGUCCCUGAGAAAGUGGAGUAGCGCCAGGAUUGUUAGCAUUUUUCACUCCUAACAUACAGUACAGGCCAAAAGUUUGGCCACACCUUCUCCUCAUUCAAUGUGUUGUCUUUAUUUUCAUGACUAUUUACAUUGGAGAUUGUCACUGAAGGCAUGAAAACUAUGAAUGAACACAUGUGGAGUUAUGUACUUAACAAAAAAAGGUGAAAUAACUGAAAACAUGUUUUGUAUUUUAGUUUCUUCAAAAUAGUCACCCUUUGCUCUGAUUACUUUUUUGCACACCCUUGGCAUUCUCUCGUUGAGCUUCAAGAGGUAGUCACUUGAAAGGGUUUUCACUUCACAAGUGUGCUUGAAGCUCAUCGAAAGAAUGCCAAGAAAGUGCAAAGAAGUAACGGGUGGCUAUUUUGAAGAAACUAGAAUAUAAAACAUGUUUUCAGUUAUUCCACCUUUUUUGUUACCACAUGUUCAUUCAUAGUUUUGAUGCCUUCAGUGACCAUUUACAAUGUAAAUAGUCAUGAAAAUAAAGAAAAGGCAUUGAAUGAGAAGGUGUGUCCAAACGUUUGGCCUGUACUGUAUAACAUAACUGAUGCAUAAUAGAUAAAUAAAUAAAACAUAAGUGUUCAUUUAAGCCAAAAACAUGUAGAAUAUGCUUUUUUUUAUAUAUAUAAAAAAAUGACAAUGGUGAUGGAGCGAGGGACGACUGUACUCCAAAACAAAAUUAUAAAUGACUUUGAAAUUCAUUUCACACAAUUGAAUUCGGAUAGCAACAUCAAAUUAAAUGUAUUGUUAUUUAACAAAAACAUAUACUGUAUCUAUUCUUAACAGAAUGCAAGAAUUUCCUAUUCAAAUGUUCCCGAACUCCUGUUUCCAAGAAGGUACACUAGCGCCUCUGCAGGUUCAACCAAGUAGUGCAGUCCCAUGGCGCCUCACUUCUUUCCAAGGCACAAGUGAGUCACAAUAAAAGCUGUCCAGGUUCCAUGCAUGGGAUGUGAAAGUGAAAGCACAAGUAAUCAGGGAGUUUCAAUACUCGCAAGUUGUUUGCACAUUUCACUGAAAACCCGUUUUGGAAAAAAAAAAAUGCAACUACUGAGAAACCAGAAAGAAAAGCAGGGACCAUUAAGUACACUACACCAUUAAGUACACUCGCUCAUGGAGACUUAGGAAAUAAAGCAGACUUUUCCAAAGACUUAAGGAAGCUGUUUGAGUUCCAGUAAAAGUACAAAACCACAUGUCUUAGCGUAUAAAAUAUAAACAUUAAUAUGUCCCGCUCCCUUCAACACUGACUACUUUGUCAUUGCACAGCACGGAGCGCAGAAGUGGUCAGUGUUUACUUUUUUGCCUUGAUUAUAAACGUGCUUAUUAUUGUGUGUUUUUUACGGGACCUUUAUUGUGCAAGAUGUGUUGUAGAGAUAUUACCCAGUGAACACUGAUUGUUUCUCCCAUGAUGCUUUGCUGCCUACGUACACCACUUCGCUGACGUCAUACCGAGCAGGUUGUUGAUCAAGCAUAUCAAAGCAGGGACGCUAGCUGGUUUAGCUUAGCAAUGCUAAGGUGAUGCUACGUUUUUGUUUGUUUUUUUUACUUAAAAAUGGUCUGAGUUUAUUUGUAUCAUACAUAAUAAUUCUUAAUGUAUGAUACAAAAAAAACGAGACCAAACGUAAUUAAAAGUGUCUGGAAAAAAGCCGAGCUUUUUUCGAACACGCCUGCUAGCGAAGGCAAGCUAGGCUAUUGCUCAAUUGUUGGAAAUCAACACGUUCCGGUUGAAUAAUGCAAAUAAGUUUAACCGAGGGGUUAUAAAUGUUGCCUAUACUGUAUCAAACUACAAAAUAACAAACACGGAGGCUCCAGUUUUACACGAUGACUACUUUAUUUUCUUUCUUUCAAAACCUCCGCUCCACUACAACGUGUCAUCACUUCCGCUCUUAGCGUCUUCAAAAUAAGAGCUCAUGGCAUAUACUGUAUAACAGCGUAUAACAGGAACUUAACAUCACAAAGAGGAAAACCCAUAAAAAUAAGUUACAUACGUUUGUACAAAUAUUUAUUUCGUAAACAGUUUUUUUUUUUAAUGUUAUUGUUUAGUUGUAAAAAUGAACAUUUUGGGUACCCGCCUGAAAAUAUUAGGAUUUUACUACAUCUUUAAAAGAAAUGAUCCUGCUUUCAUAUGCUUGAUAACUUCAUUUCAAAGUAUGAAAUGCCUUUAGCUAGCAUGUCGUACAACCCAGGAGUGACAUCGCUGGCCAAAAUUCAGAAAACAGCGUGAUCGGAACAAACAUCUUCCGGCUGACCUACCUAACAUUUACACUGAGAGCUGCUCAAACUGACAUGUUGGACCUUAACUAACACUGUUGUAUUUAUUAAUGACCAGCAAUUCAUUUGGAUUAGCCCCUCCACAUACUGUACUGGACAUGAAUGUAGCCACCACCUUGUAUAACUUUGUUUUGAGUUGAAACAGUCACAUGAUCAGCACAACACAAUAGGACUAACGACAUUCAUAAAUGAUCCACUUCUGCAGUCAGUUUCAUCUAAUUCAGCGCCAUAGUUGACUGAAUAACAAAAGUAGACAAAUGUGGUCUUGCCUGCAUGAUUUCCCUGUUUUUUUCUUCUUAUUAUAAAUAUUAGUCGUGUAAAUAAUUGUGAACUGUAUAUUUUUUUUGUAUUAUGGAGAUCAAUUGUGACUGUUGUUUUUAUUAUUAUAUUGUACAUAAAAAGCACUUUAUUUUGAAGUUUUUAAGAUAAAUGAUUAAAAAAAUAAAUGUUUUUGACAAAGACGUGUGAGUGGUUGUGGUUGCUCUACUUGCACACUGUGAAGAUUAAUUUGAUAAUUUAUUAUAUUUGCGUUGAUUUUCACUG